AUGAAAAAAAAGAAUACCGUCUCAGGAGAAGAAAAACAGAAUAAAGAGGAUGGACAACAAGACAAAGCAGCAGAAAAACAAACUCCAACAACUGACACAGAACAUAACAAACAAAAAGACAGUCUAACUAGUAAUGAAGGUGGUAGUCAAGAAAAGCAAGAGGGAAAACAGAAUGAAGAAUCUGAAAAAGGACAGAUAGACCAAGGACAAAAAGGAAAAGAAGAAGGAAAGGAGGUAGAAAUUGGAGGAGGAACAAAAGAGGAAAAAACAAAAAGUGACGAAGAGCAAAAGGGUCAAGAAAGUAAAGAAAAUCAUGCAGAAGAUGAUAAAAAGUCACAAGGAGAGAAUGAGAAUGAGAACAAGAAUGACCAAAACGGUAAAGGAACGAAAGGAGAAGAACAAGGAAAGAAGAAAGAAGAAGGAAAAGGUGAUGAAAAGAGUGAUGAAAAUGAACAGAACAAAGGAGCAACUCAAGAAAAGAAUACGGAAAAGCAAGAGAGUCAGAAGGAAGGAGAGGGAGUUGACAAAACAAAAGAAGAGAAGAAAGAGAAUGAUAAUAAAAACCAAGAAAAGAAGAGUGAAGAAAAAGAACAAAAAGAAGAAAAGUCAUCAAAUGGUUCUGAAAGUAAAACAGAUAGUGAGUCUGAUGAAGAACUAAAUGGUCAUAACAAUAUUGAUGGUACAAUAUCUACAGUUAUUAUUCUUUCUAUUGUCAUCACAUUUUUAUUCUUCUAA